AAGCCAGCCAUCACAAAAACGACAAGUAAUCCAGUAGUUGCUGAAGGAUCUAAUGUCAACCUUGCGUGCAAUGUCUCUGGAACGCCAAACCUUACUGUCAAAUGGACAAGAAGUGGUAAACCAGAUCGCCUAGGAAAUGUCUAUUCUAUAGGGAAUAUAAAGCGAAUUGAUGAAGGUCUUUACCGCUGUACGGUUKAUAACGGCGUCGAAUGUCCUACAAAAAGUGCUACUAUUAACGUAACUGUCAAUUUMAAACCAGAAAGCACCUCGUUAUCAAGUAGUAGGAGCAAUAACACGUUUUUAAGAGGAGAAAAUGUGACAUUGCUCUGUUCAUCUUUGUCCAAGCCUCAGAGAUGUAACGUUACCUUCUACAACGGCAGUAAUCUUAUCGCACGUUACACGGGCAUGAUUUGUGAUGGUUCAGUGGCUGCAAGGCAUGUGAUACCAUAUAUCGAUGGCUGYGGAUGGAGGAAUUUUUCCUGUAGAGCAGACAAUGAAUACGGCUCAAGUGGCUUAGGUCACGUCGCCCUAACAAUAAAUGUUCCCGCUACUAUCAAUACCACACCAGCAGUAAAUGUCGUUGUCCUUAAGGAAGGAAGCUCCUUGGAUUUAAAUUGUAGUACCACAGGCUGUCCAGAACCAAACAUUUCCUGGACAAAACAAGGUCAUUCAAGGAUUUUAGGGAGCAGAAUAGGAGGCUUACUGAUGCAUAGAUUUUCAAGUUUAGCUAAAGGCGAUACCGGGACAUACACAUGUACCGUUGACAACAGUGUCGUAGGAAGUCCAAUCAUAAAAUCAAUUUACGUCAACGUAACAUAUACACCAUACAGAACUAAAAUGACAAGUACCCAUACGAGAGCCUGUUUAAAUGACUCAAUAACUCUAAAUUGCACAACAAACUCCAACCCAGCAGUCCACGAUUAUCGUUUCUAUUUGAAUGAGCAGGUGAUCCACACCAGCAGCUCAGGGAUUUAUACUUUUCCUGUAGCUCAAUCUGGUAAUAAUACGUAUAAAUGCGAACCUAUAAAUGAAAUUGGACCUGGAGUUAACGCUACCUUAACCAUAAUUACAAAAGAUCCGCCAACUAUCAUGUUUUCCUCUCCAAGCGACACAUUCAUCGAAGGGACAGGAAUUUCUUUGGAAUGCAAUGUAACAGGAACUGAACCACUCAGCGUUUCAUGGAGAAAGAUCGGUGGUGCAUCCUUUGCAGAAGGUUCUGUCAAACAAUUCUCAAGUGUUAGUCGCCAUGACGAGGGAGAAUACCAGUGCACAGCACGCAAUGGGGAUGAAUGUCCUGUGGCCAUCGCAAACUCAACAGUGACAGUUAUAUAUAAACCAGAAAAUAUAUCACUUUCAUCCAAUGCAAGUGAUAUCAUCAUGUCUGGUGAUCCCAUAGAAUUAACUUGUCGAUCAUCUGCUAAGCCAAAGCAAUGUCAAGUUCAAUUCUUUCAAGGCCAAUUGCUAAUAGCCAAUAUAUCAAGAAGUACAUGCUCAGAAACUCACGUGAUAUCAAACAUCAAUGGCUGCAACCAAGAAGSGUUUUGGUGCGUUGUCGAAAAUGAGGCUGGUCGUGGAGGAAGGGUUUUUCACAAUGUCACUGUACAAGUUCCUGCCAAGAUAACAUUGAAGCCUAUGUUAGACACAGUAAUAAGGGAAGAGGGCCAAGCUUUAUCACUGAACUGUACUUCAACGGGUUGUCCAACACCAAACAUCACCUGGACGAAGCAAGGAAUAUCGCAACCUCUUGRAACAACCAUUGGCAGUUUCUUAAUUCAAGAAUUCAAUAAUUUACUGAAAUCACACACUGGAUACUAUAAGUGUUCUACAGAUAAUGGUGUUGACAAAAGUGAUUUAUUCAAGCAAAUCUAUUUGAAUGUAACGUACAAACCUUACAACACAAACAUGACAAGUACCCAUAGCAGAUCCUGUUUAAAUGAUCAAGUGACGCUUUCCUGCAUAACAAACGCAAACCCAGAAGUGCACGAGUAUCGUUUCUAUCUGAAUGAGCAGGUGAUCCACACCAGUAGUUCAGGGAUUUAUACUUUUCCUGUAGCUCAAUCUGGUAAUAAUACGUAUAAAUGCGAACCCAAAAAUCGAAUUGGGUAUGGAGCUAAUGCCACUGUUGUUUUAUUAACCAAAGAUCCUCCAAAGAUAAUAUUCUCGUCUCCAAAUAAGACUUUCAUAGAAGGGCAAAGAGUUUCUUUAGUAUGUAAUGUAACAGGUAGCGAAAUGCUAAACGUUACAUGGAGAAGAAUUGGCAGCGGUUCUCAUGCAGAAACUCCUGUGAAACAAUUUUUAAGUAUUAGUCGUCACGACGAGGCAGUUUAUCAGUGUAUAGCACACGAUGGAGAUGAGUGUCCUAUGGCUACUGCAAGUGCAAAAAUCACUGUCAUAUAUAAACCAGAAAACACUGCGCUGUCUACGUCUACUAAAGUGGCCUGUCAUAAUGACAAGAUGACUCUAAACUGUACGUCGCAUGCAAAGCCAAAUGUACAUAGUUAUAAGUUUUACCGCAAUGGCGUCUUUAUAGCUAAUUCUAGCAACGGACUCUACACGUAUAAUAUGACUGUUAAUGGUACAAAUGUGUAUACCUGUAUACCCGAGAACAMCGUGGGACCUGGUGCCAAUGAUAGUGUAACUGUCCAAGURAAAGUUACCCCAAAGAUCCGCAKUAUCACUGCUAGCCAAGAUGUUGUAGAAGGAUCCAGUCUCACACUGGUUUGCGAUGUCUGGGACAACAGUGGAAAACUUAACGUGUCUUGGCACAAUGACGGUGGCGGUUUAAUUUCCAAUACAUCAACCUACACUUUUAAUAGCAUCCAGCGCAGUCAAACAGGAUCAUUUGUAUGUCAUGCUACCAAUGGAAAUGAGUGUGAAGCUACAUCGAAAAAGACGGUCAUAAAAGUUACAUAUCAACCCAAGAUAACUCAAUCUUCCGACCAAUCCCAGACUAUUGACGAGAACGAUAAUAUUGUUUUAACUUGCAAAGCUAAUGGUUACCCUACCCCUACCAUAACUUGGACAAAGGACGGUGCGUCACAGUCAAUACACACCGGGGAAACGUUCGUUGUUAARGCAACUCCUUCAACUAAAGGAAAGUACAAGUGCUCUGUAUCUAAUGGAGUUGGACAAACACAGAUGAAAGAGUUUACUGUAAAUGUCAUUGGUUAUUGUGAUCAGCAUCAGUGCAGAUCUGGCACCACUUGUGUAAGCAGUAAGAAGUCGUACUUUUGUAACUGUACAUCUGGGUUAGCUGGAAGAUUCUGCGAAAAAGAAGAUUCAAUAAGCACGAGAUUCGAGGUAAACUUGGUGUUUUCGAAGCCGACAUGGAAUAUUGCUUUGAAAGACAAGACAAGUAAAAMCUUUCAAGACAUCGAAAAGAUUAUUUGUGAUGCGAUGGGAAAAAUCUUUGGUAGUGUGCUUCUGAAGUGCUCUGUGAUUUCCUUCAGUAAAGGCAGUUUGGAUAGUAAAGUUGAUCUUCAAUUUAAAGAGUCAAAACUCGAGAGCAUGGUGGAAAAAGCCAUAAAAGACGCAGCUGUUAACGGAACAAAGCUCUCAGAUAACUUGAUAUUGAAAAACUCGGGAACAAUUACAGCRUCCAUCUUCGGUACGGCUUGCUCCAAAGAGCCCUGCAAAUAUGAUGGCGUAUGUAAGGAAGAAGGCGAUGGCUACAAGUGUGAAUGCAAAAUCUUUAGRCAYGGAGAAAAUUGUGAAAAAGGUAUUGGAAUGAUUCCUGGAAUCAUCAUUAUUGUGGCUUGUUUCCUGCUUAUCAUAAUCGUACUUGUCCUAUUGUGCCUCUACUGUAGACGGAACAAAUCGAACUCCUACGAAAAAGAUAUCGCAGAAAGCGCAACAAAAAUGGAGGAAAUUCGCUAUACAUCUACCAAAGAUCACGUGGCAGCUUCUGAGAACUAYUCAUUUGAAGAGGAAUAUUUAAGGAAAGGACGCUAUGAAGAUCCACUUGAAAUACAAAAAGAAAGCSAAAAGGAAAAAGAAAGAGAAGUCAACAAUGGAAGCGUUACAUUUCAAACUUUUAACAAGCACGACGACGAACAACCAGUAAAGACAACCUCUCAAGGUGCACUUUAUACUGAUAUUAUCUCUGCAAUGAUGAAUACACCUGAUGAAUUACAGAACGACGAAAGCAUACUCGUGGAAGGUACCAUURACAAGGAAGAUGAGAAUAAGAACAUUGAAAUGAAAGAUGUAAAGCCACAUUGUGAUGAUAGUCCACUAAUAGUCUAUUCACAUGAGCCGCCAAAAGACGAACACACUAAUGACGAAGUGAUGAGCGACAAACAAGAUGAGAAUGCGCCUGYACAGCUUACGGAURCUAAUAUGGAUGACGACCAGAGUACGCCGACCAAACCUGUCAUGGAUUAUAAUGUAGACGAAAAUGAGCCCGCACAAGUUCUAGAAGAGGAAGGAAUCGAAAAUGCGUAUGUGAUUCACAAUGGCAGUUGGAUGGAUCCAAAGGAAAGUGAAAGUUAUUUAUAUCCUCAUUUAAACCUGUCUGACAGUAGAAUGUAGUCCAAACAACACCGAGCAUAAACAGCUUCAUAAAAAAGUAUCGAAACUAGACAACAUGAAAGUCAACAUCAAAUAAGGUUUGAGUGGUCCAACAAAUCUAAAAUGAAUGGUUCUUGCCAUAUGUUGAGGAAAUAUGCRAGCCUAAAUUUGAUUUAAGCRCUGGAAUUUCUCAYUAGAAUAUCCCUCACACUGAUGAUCUAUAUCUCCUUUAGUUUCGGUACUUUUUUUAGCGUCGUCACUCGUUGCUGGAAAGCUGGAUUAUAAAUCAAAAGCUCAUAAUGUGGCUCAAAACGUUUUUAUAUGGCAAAUUUUUAUUUUAUAUAAACAAAUUGUCAGUAUCAAACACGAAUAAACACUGUACAAUCACUUUUCUAGCACUGACAAUAAAACAUGAAUGCAYCAACAAUGUACCAACAUACUACUCUCACGAUACAAUAAUUAAUAUGCAAAAACUGACAACAUGUUAACGCGCAAUGCAUGCAUGGUACCACCAGUACACAAGAUAACAACAUUGUACCAUCACUAGACAACAACUUAGUACCAAAACUGGACGACAUACUUAUACAAUGAUCACCUAUGUACGGAUACUGCAAAAUAGAUAAUAUAAGUACAGUGUGCUAAAAAUGUUUUUACAAAUCUCAAAAGUAGAUGUUUUUGAUUCAAAGGUGUCUUCAAUUUUUUCGAAGAUAAUAUUCCAAAAACAAACUAAAGUUAAGUGAGCUUAACGUCAUUAAUAGACAUUUUAUUGACUGUCCGUUAUAUGUCUUUUUUAUSUUUUUUUUAUAACCCAUCAAUGUUUGGAAAAUGCAGUAAUGAUCCAAAAAUUUMAUAUAGUAUCGAUUCCUAAGCGAGGAAGGAAACCGGAUGCAUAAAAUCAAUUAGUUUUCCUUUGAUGUUUAGAUAAAAUAAGCAAUAGAAUGAUAUAUUUUGAGUAUCGCAAGUCAGCAAUUUCAGCGUAAAGAUUGCGUUUUAAUGUUUUAAUUUAGUUUAUUUUGACCUUAAUAUUUAAUUAAUGGGUUCAGAGUGAAGUCAAAA